AUGCCUAUACCCGCCACCUUCCAUAAUGGCAAGAAGACAUUCACGGUUCUAGAGAAUAAUCCCGAGGUCAUGAAUGCGCUAGCUAAGAAGCUUGGUCUUUCCCCUGAUCUCGCAUUCUACGAUGUCUACUCUCUCACCGACUCAGGUCUUUUGUCCAUAAUUCCCCGUCCAGUCCAUGCCCUCCUGGUCAUUCUCCCGCUCACCCCUUCCUGGAACACAUCUCGUCUAGUUGAAGACACCCCGCUAUCUGUCUACGAAGGGUCUGGUAGCGAUGAGCCCGUGAUCUGGUUUAAGCAAACGAUUGGACACGCCUGCGGUUCUAUCGGGCUUCUUCACUGUCUUAUUAACGGGCCAACGAAACCGUUCAUUUUACCAGAUACAACGUUGUCUCGACUAAGAGAGCAGGCUAUUCCACUGAAGAUGGAAGAACGGGCGAAGAUACUUUAUGAUGAUAAGGAGUUCGAGGAUGCGCACCAAAGUGUUGCAGAAAUGGGCGACACGGCUGCACCCAGUGCUUCAGAGGGGGACAGAUUGGGACAGCAUUUUGUGGCGUUUGUGAAAGGGGACGAUGGUCAUCUGUGGGAGUUGGAAGGUAGCAGAAAAGGGCCGCUCGAUCGAGGCUUGUUGCCCCACGACGAGGAUGCAUUGAGCGAGAAUGCGAUCGCAAAGGGUAUAGGCAGAGUGAUCAGGAUGGAAGAAGAAGCUGGUGGGGGAGAUUUGAGAUUUAGUUGUAUUGCGCUUGCAAAAGUAGACUGA